AAGGUGAACUUCCGCUAACCUGCAUGUGAACAUGACCACACCAAUAUUCAACAUCGUCGUGGUCGGCGAUGGUGCGGUCGGCAAGACCUGCCUGCUACACGCCUACACAGACAAAUCGUUCAAAAACUUCUACGAACCAACGAUAUACGAUAAGGAAUCAAUUGAAAUGAUACUCGAUGGACAGAAGUACACCAUACAGCUGCAUGAUACGGCCGGCCAGGAAGAGUACGACAAAAUCAGGCAACAGUUUUACAAACGGGCCAAUUGUUUUCUCCUGUGCUACAGCAUCGACAACCGAGUUUCGUUCGAGAAUGUGUCCACAAAAUGGAUCCCUGAGAUCAAAACUGAUCCACCCGUUCCCAUAGUGCUACUGGGCACCAAGCUGGACAAUCGGAAAGGAAACAACAACGAAGUUUCGACGGGCGAGGGUGAACGGCUAAAGCGAACGAUCAAUGCAAACUCGUUCGUGGAAUGUUCGGCGAAACACUACCGUAAUGUGGAACUGGCAAUCGAGGAAAGUGUACGCGCCUGUCUGAUGGGUGUGCCGGAACCGGAACCCGAUGACAGUUGGGACUGUUUUCAGAACUGCAGCUGUUUUUAA